UUCAGUGGCGGAAUGAAGAGAGAACGCACAAGGACAUGGCCCUCGAUGCUUUCACAAUGAACCUGCUUCAUCCAAAGCAGAAUUCAAUGUCCACAGAUCAACCUGCAAUCAUCUCAAAUCCUCUAAAACGCAAGGGAGCCAUCAGUUUACCAGAUUGGUGAGAGUAAAACUUGAAUAUGGUGUUAGCCGGAAAGAGUCUUGAAAUGGCGAGCUCCGUUACCGUCCCGGCUGCUGCAGCUCUGGGCAAUCUCAGCGAGGUAUUAAACUCCUCGUUCAGCGGGAGUGGAGGACCGUUCAGAGAGCCGGUGCAGAGACACGGGAGGAAUGGGACCGUUCCGGAGCUGACGACAGGAGAAAUCGUCGCGGUCAGCUUCACCUUCGGCGUGAUCUGGCUGGUGGCUUUGUUCGGGAACUCCCUGGUCUGCCUGGUCAUCCACAGGAGCAGGAGGACACAGUCAACGACCAACUACUUUGUGGUAUCCAUGGCUUCAGCGGACCUGCUCAUCAGCCUGGUCAGCACCCCCUUUGUCCUGCUACAUUUUACCACAGGGAGGUGGUUACUGGGGGAUGUCAUGUGCAAACUGGUUCGCUACGUGCAGUAUCUAACUCCUGGAGUCCAGAUCUACAUCCUGCUCUCCAUCUGUGUGGACAGGUUUUACACCAUUGUGUAUCCCUUGAGCUUCAAAGUGUCUCGGGAGAAGGCCAAGAAAAUGAUUGCAGCAUCCUGGAUCUUAGAUGCUGCUUUCGUAUCUCCAACCCUGUUUUUCUACGGGAUGGAAGGGGAGACCUGUAAUCUGUUUCUCCCCCAGUCCUGGAGUGGGGUCACCUUUGGCACAGUCCACCUGCUGCUGGGCUUUCUCCUUCCAUCUGUCCUCAUCAUCCUGUUUUACCAGAAGGUCAUAAAAUACAUUUGGAGGAUAGGUACAGAUGGCAGGACAGUGAGGAGGACCAUGAAUAUUGUGCCUAGGACCAAGGUUAAGACCAUCAAGAUGUUCCUGCUGUUAAAUUGUAUGUUCCUGUUGUCUUGGUUUCCGUUUUACGUGGUUCAGAUCUGGCAGCCGGACGAGAUGGAUUACACAGGGUGUUCUUCACUCUUCCUGUCCAUCGCACUGGUGUCCUUCAGCUCCUCAGCGUCCAAGCCCAGCCUCUACUCCAUCUUCAAUGCCAAUUUCAGGCGGGGCAUGAAGGAGACUUUCUGCAUGUCUUCGAUGAAGUGUUACCGUAGCAAUGCCUACACCAUCACCGCCAGCUCCCGAAUGGCAAAAAGGAAUUACGUCGGCAUCACUGACAUCCCAGCGCCCACCAAAACCACCACCAAAGAUUCAAUAUAUGAAACGUUCGACCGGGAGGCAAGAGAGAAAAAGCUUGCAUGGCCCAUAAACUCAAAUCCUCCAAAUACAUUUGUCUGAGCAGCAUGAUCAGCCUGAAGAAGGGUCCUGACCUGAAACGUCACCUAUCCAUCUUCUCCACAGAUGCUGCCUGACC